AUGGCCGAAACUCCACGAAGCCUCGAUCUUCCGCAGUUCCUCAACAUGUUGCAGUGCCGGGACGCUGCCCAACGUGUGGCGGCCCUCGAAUCCGUGAACCAUGGGAUCUUCCAGACGGACACGAACCUCUUCCGCAAGGUCGUCCCAAUGCUGAACGACCCCGUCUGGGAUGUCAAGCGAGCUGCAGUUCACUUGCUGUCUGAGCUUGGGCCACUCUUCGACGACAGCACGACCGAGAGCUUGAACCGACUGCUUUUUCACUAUGACCCAGUGGUGCAGUUAAUGAUUGCGUAUGUGCUGAAGAAUGUGGAGGGUGCCGAUGACUACUUCAGACAGGUCUUGUCCGACCGCACGAUAGCUCAAGCUUCUGUGGGCCGGUUUGGAGGAAUUCUAGAGUUCCUCGGCGCAGAUUUCAAAGAUGAUCGGGAGAUUGUUAUGACGGCCGUGUCGCAGGACGGUCGAUCAUUGAAGCAUGCCAAGCAGGAUUUCCGGGACGAUGAAGAGGUCGUGCUCGCUGCAGUUGCUCAGAAUGGAAGCGCAGUACACUGUGCAAACCAGGACAUCAUCGACAGACAUGCAGGUCUCCGCGCUCUUCGCGAGGGACGAGGUAUUUCCCUCUGCGGUGACUACCUGGUGAUGAACCAGAUUGGCAAAGGUGUCUAUGGUGAGGUCACCAGAGCCGAGCACAUGAUCACCGAGAACGUCGUGGCCAUAAAGAAGCUGCACUAUGACCAGGAGGAUGUGUUGAAAAACGGCAUCUCGCCACAGACUCUCCGUGAAGUGGCACUGCUGCGCAAGUUGAAGCAUCCCAACGUGGUGAGGAUGAUCGACGUGAUGUAUGUCGGGCUUUUCGAUCUUCGGCUCGUCUUCGAUCUUCAUCCGACCGACCUUCACAAGGAACUCGUUAUCUUAAAACAGAAUUCGCAGCGCAUGCCAAUUGAGCAAGUUAGACGAUACGCGGCGAACAUCCUGGAUGGUUUGGAGGCAUGUCACGGCAGGAACCUUCUCCAUCGCGACCUCAAGCCGCAGAAUAUCCUCCUUGGUGACGACGGCCAGCUGAAGAUCGCAGACUUUGGCUUGGCACGAUCCAUGGUGUUGCGCCCGUGUACCACGGAAGUCAUAACGCUGUGGUACAGGUGUCCGGAACUAUUGCUUGGCGAAAACCGGUAUGGAUUUGAAGUGGACUGCUGGUCGGCCGGCUGUGUGAUCGCGGAGAUGUCCACCAGUCGCGCCUUAUUUCCAGGAAAACUGGCAGCACUUGGCGGGCAG